CCCAGAGUGUCCAGCGAGAGUGAGCACUGUGAUGGAGAUGCUGGAGACGGAAGGUCUGCUGGGACGCUGCGUACGAGUAGAGGCCAGAGCUGUGUCAGAAGAUGAGCUUUUACUCGUUCAUACGAAGGAGUAUGCAGAGCUGAUGAAAUCCACUCAGAAAAUGUCAGAGGAGGAGCUAAAGACUCUGGCUGAUAAAUAUGACUCUGUCUUCCUGCACCCUGAAUUUUUCACCUCUGCCUGUCUGGCAGUGGGAUCGGUUCUCCAGCUGGUGGAUAAGGUGAUGACAUCACAGCUGCGUAACGGCUUCUCCAUCAACAG